AUGGCCUACAAGAACACCCUCGGUCUGGCCACUCUGGCCCUCGCUGGCUCCGGCAUGGCCCAGUCCGUCACUGGCUCCGACUACAACUACCCCCAUGCUGGUCCCCCGGCCAGCUUCUUCGCUGCUUCCUCGACCAUCCCCGUCGCUGCCCUCAAGGCUGCCGCAGCCAAGGCCAGUGAUGUGCCCGCCAAGGCCACCUACCCCGUCAACACCAACGAUGACUCUCCUUUGUCGACUAUCCACAGUGACUGGACUCACUUCAGCGAGGGCGCCGCCUACAGCUGGGUCGCCGACAUGGACGUCGACUGCGAUGGCAAGGAUGAGGCCUGCAAGGGCAACGGUGACGGCCAGUCCGAAACCAACUGGGGUGCCUUGGCCGCCUACGAAGUCCCCUGGAUCGUCAUCCCGGAUCACUUCCUCACGGCCAACACCAAGGCUCUCCCUGGUAACAACGUCGCCGCUGUGAUCUGGAAAUCCCAGCUAAACCAACCAAGCGACGGCAAAAUGUACUACGGUAUCCUGGGCGACUCCAACGGCGACGACCCCGAAGUCACCGGUGAAGCCUCCUGGCUGAUGGCCCGGACCUGCUUCCCCGAUGAUGACCUCAACGGAGAUAACGGCCACGUUCCCGCUGAUGUGACCUACAUUGUCUUCACCGGCGACGACGCUGUCCUGCCCAGCAGUGCCCUGAACGAACACUACGUCACCAACUUCAGCACCCUCCGCUCCAUGGGUGAUAAGCUCGUCAGCGCUCUGGCUGAGAACUUGGGUCUCUCGGGUUCGAGCUCCUCUGGCUCCUCUGGUUCUGGAUCCGGAUCCAGCUCUAGCUGCUCCUGGUCCGGACACUGCGCCGGCGCUACCUGCUCGUCUGACGACGAUUGCUCCGAUGCUCUGGCCUGCGUUAGCGGAAUCUGCAGCUCCGGAUCUACUGGUUCCAAGACCACCCUGACCACCGCUGCCGCUCCCACGGCUACCUGCUCUUGGUCUGGCCACUGCGCGGGCGCUACCUGCUCGUCUGAUGAUGAUUGCUCGGAUGCGUUGACCUGCAAGAGUGGUGUCUGUAGCUCUGGUUCGGGCUCCGGCUCCGCCACCACCACGGCUGCUACUUCUGCUGCUACUUGCUCUUGGUCUGGACACUGUGCCGGUGCUACUUGCUCGUCUGAUGAUGAUUGCUCGGAUGAAUUGGCUUGCAAGAGCGGGGUUUGCAGCACGGACUCGUCGGUUGAGACUUGCUCGUGGAAGGGUCACUGUGAGGGUGCUACUUGCUCCUCUGACGAUGACUGCUCUGAUGCGUUGUCUUGCAAGAGCGGAACUUGCUCUGCUUAGAUGCGACCUUUUGAUCGGUUGGGGAACCGGAAUUAGGAAGGGCUGGGUGUAAUGCACUGGCGGAAAUGUAAUAUUAUAUACUAUAGGUUGGGAAACGAGUGGGGGAUGUACUUGGAUAAUAGCUUAGGAAUUAAUUCUUUGACAAGACACCACCACCAGCUAUGCACCCGAGUAGUGAAAAAGAGCCAGAACCACCAGAAAGGAUAUCAUUUAAUAUACAAAAAUGAAAUCCUCAUUCUUCAGAUCGGUGGUAUCCGAAAAUCCCUUAUCACUGGCACUGGCACUGACUCCCUCCGCUGACGGGGCGUUGACAUCCUCUACCUCGAUGGCCUUGCCUUGCUCCACGGUCUUCUUGCUGAGCAUGGACUCGUCGAUUAUCUGCGCUGACUUGCCGAGGGCUCUUCUCUUGCGAGCCUGUUUUCGAUUCAAAUACACGAGGUAGAGAUUCAUGAGGCUGGAUAGUAUUGUUAGUUCGUUCUUGG